AUGUCAAAUAUGAAUUCAAUGUUGGUAACUUCAGAACAUCUAAAACAAUUCGAUGAACAUGGUUAUUUUAUUCUUCCAUCGAUUAUUUCACAAGAACAUCUUCAAAUGAUGAAUGAAAUUAUUCAACGUGCAAUUGCAAAACGUGAUGAAGAUCUAAAGAAUGAAGUUAACAAAGAUGGACUCAUUCAAUGUUCAACAGAUGGAAAAUAUUUCUUCUUCAUGCACGAAGAUCAUGAACCACAAAUGAAGAAAAUUAUCUUCAGUUCAUAUAUGGAACAAAUUACAAAAGCGAUAUUAGGUGAAAAAGUAUAUUAUACUCAUUCAGAAAUUGUUGUUAAACGUGGAGAAGGAGAAAAAAGAGAUUUUGGCGAAAGAACAAAAUUUAGUUGGCAUCAAGAUAGUGGUUAUGUUCCUUAUAAACAUACACCAUAUCUAAGUUGUUGGUGUGCAUUAACUGAAAUGACAUCAACAAAUGGAACUAUUUCUGUUUUACCUAUUGAAAGAAAUCCACCCGAAGAUAAAGAUCAUCAUAUUAAUUGGUCAGGCAAACCACGACCAUCUGCUCAUAUUAAAUUUCCUUGUUAUCAACAUCGAAAAGACGAAUCAAGUCCAGAUUUAAUUGGAUAUUUUGGAACUGAUCAAGGUGUCGAAGUGACAUGUCCUGCAGGAAGUAUUGUGGUUUUUUCUAGUUUAACAUUACAUUGUUCAUCAGCAAAUCGUAGUAACACUCUUCGUUCAGCAUACAACGUUCAAUAUGGAGCAGUACCACUAAUGAGUGAAGAUAAUCAAUCAUUCCGACAUAAAGCUGAUCCAUUUAUCGUUCAAUCGGAAACUAUUGACGAAACCAAUCAGUAA